UUUCGCGGGCUUGCACCUUCUUCAACUUAUCCUCGUUCGACGAACGGCUAGUUUGCGAAAGCCAGCACAGUAAACGGCGUGAAACGGCCAAUACUGAAUACGACGACACUCGCGAUUCAAGAAAUACGCGUCGCAGUAUGAUGCGAAGCUACCCGAACCAACUACAGAACAAGAGGUGACAGACGGAAUCGCAUCCGCGAGCCCAGCCACAGCACUCGCAAUUUCCCUCUCGAACCGCGCACCUUUGCCUCGAACAGACACGGGGGAGCUACUAUAGACACUACUAGUACCUUCAACCGAACACCGAUCUCGACGGUACGAUUCAGACUGGAAAAAAUCACAUACUCUACACAUACACACACAGACGCAGACACAGACACACAGAAACACCGAUACAUAUACACGCACAAUGACGCCCCCGCCGCUCCUUUACCAUGCCCUCCUCCGCCCCGUAGUCCUCCAGAUUCUACGCACGACGGGCUACCACGCUUCACGCCCCGUUGUCCUCGACGCCUUAACGGAGCUCGCGGCGCGCUACAUGUACGCGCUGUGCCAGGCGACGGCGCGCCACGCCGCCGACAACAACCCAGAAGGCGAGACUCCCGGCAUAGUCGAUGUGCGCAUGGCGCUGCAGGAGCUCGGUGCGGUGCCUCCGGACGACGUUCUCGCCGACGGCAGGGGCGCGAUCCUGGGCGAGAUCAUGGACUCGAUCGAACGAGGCGUCGGGAGUGGAGAAGCAGCGACAGUGGGAGACGAACCCGACGGCGAGGAAGAUCUCGCGAUAACAACGGCGCUUGCCGAGGUCGCGCGGGAGAGGGAGAGGGUCGAGGAUACCAGGGGCGUGGAGGAGUUCGCCAAGUGGUUCUCUGGACCACGGAACAAAUCCAUCCGGGAGGCGGCGGUCGGCGACGGAGAGCUGGAGAUGGGCGAUUACUUGAACGUUCUGAAGAAGAAACACAGCAAGACCGGCGAAGACUCCAAAUACCACGGCACGAUCAUCGGCAAAGGCAACGACGUCGGCGAGGUCCAGGUCGAGGGCGGCGACCUGCCGAGCAUCCACACCUGGCGAACCAAGAUGCAGGGGCCCCUAACGGGCAGUGCGCCAUCGGCGACAUCGCCGCCCAUCAAGGAAGAGUCAAGGCCACCGAGCUCCGGGCUGAGCUCCGUCGGCGACAGGCUGGGCGACGACCGGGACGGCAUGGACUUGUCGUAGUGGACAAGGCUGCGGACCCGGGCGCGCAGCAGCAGCAGCGCCACCGUGAACGGCAACAGGGAUCCCGUUCGUGAGGUCAUGGGCGGCAGCGGCUCGAGGGUCGCGAAGAAGGGACCGAGGAAGGGGCCGAGGAAGGGGCUGUGGUGAUUUCAAGGCAUAGCGCGGCGUUUUCGGGCGAGGGGCACGAAGAACAAAAUCAUGGACUUUUCAAAAAGCAUUUUCGGUAAU